AAACAAUUUCGUUGUCAAACUCAAAGAAAAACAUUUCAGUUUCUCCAGCAAGUUCGCUACAAGUGCGAACUAAAAGUGAAAUUUUAUGAAUUAAAACCGAGUGACAACAGUCCUAGUGGUUAUGAAAUAGUCGACAAUGAAAUCCGCUACAAUUAUAGCGUCGCAAAGUUCAUUUCUAAAAGGCAAAGUCGACCAAAUUCAGAUGCAAAAUCUUCAAAAAAUCGUAGACUUUUUGGACAAUAUCGAGUACGAGGUUUUACGACUAGCGAUUGUAGACGAAACUGAUAAGGCAGUAGCUUGUGAGUUAAAUAUUUCAAUUAAACUUGCUGAUAUUGUAAUCGUAUUGCUCAAUCCGAAAACUCAAUGUUUCAAUCGUGCUUUGGCUGAUGUUACACAACAGCAACUUGAUUUGGGAACUCUUUGGCCAAAAUCUGCAAGAUUAUUAAAACAAACCCUUGUCCAUUUGCAAAGAAUUUUUGUAAUUGCUCCUGAUUCAAUUGAAGAGCACCUGAGUGUCUUAAAAGAGUAUUUAUUACAUUACAAACAAGAACCUUUAUACGAGAAGAAUUUUUAUUUGAUUCUAAAUGAGCUUAAAACAGAGAUUGAAAGUUUGCCACAGGAAAAUUUCAAUGUGCAGCUUAAAAAAACUCUAGUAGGCAAUCAGGAGGUUGAUGUCGUGACUCUAUCGGCCAAGGAAUUGAAAAAUAUUGUAGCUGGAGAAGUGCUUUUAAAAAACCUUUUAAAGUCACAGAUAAUGCAAAGCGAAUGGCAAGAUUUUAUGGGCAAAUUUAUUUAUGACAGUGAGGAACAACAUUUAAUAAAGUCUAUUAAAAUUAUAGAAAAAUGUUUAGAAGAUUAUGGUCCUGACAACGUUUUUUUGAGCUUCAACGGGGGCAAAGAUUGUACUGUCUUGCUCCAUUUGGUGCAAACAGUUUUGCGCAAAAACUACCCCAACCGCAAAGAGAAAUUGUUUUGUUUGUACGUGCGAAGCCCAAAUGUUUUCGAAGAGCAAGACGCUUUCAUUGAACAGUGCAUGAUCUUUUAUGAUUUAGAGAUAUUGAGCAUAACAGGUAACAUCAAAGAAGCUCUUAGAAUCACAAUAGAGCAAAAACCACACCUGAAAGCCUGUUUCAUGGGCACACGUAGGACAGAUCCUUUUUGUUCAAACCUAAAUGAAUUCCAGAUGACAGAUCCAGACUGGCCAGAAAUAAUGCGCUGUAGCCCGUUUUUAGACUGGCACUACUCAGACAUAUGGGAUUAUUUGCUCUACUACAAAGUGCCUUAUUGUCAACUGUACGAUUUAGGAUUCACUUCAUUGGGUAACGCAACAAAUACAAUCCGCAACCCCAGUUUGCUCGUUUCGCAGGAAGAACAAGAAAUCUAUUUGCCUGCUUAUAAAUUGCUCAACGAGCAACAAGAGCGAAGCGGCAGGAAUAUUAGCAAAAUUUAAUUUUGUUGCAUUUUUACAAAAUUUGUUGUACUUAAAUUAAAUUAUUUUUGUUAAAUGAAACUUCAAUUUGUUGUUAAUAAAAAAAGGAAAACAUUUAUUUGCCUAUAGCAAUGAUAAAAUUUGCUUAAAAUUAUUUGCACUUGAUUUAUAAGUGAGGAAAUUACUCUGCACUGAAUUUAAAAACAACCAUCAACUGGUAUUUUCUUCAUCAUACAUGCUAACAUUUCUUCUUUUGAACUUUUUAGGUGUCUCUGAAUCGCUUUUAGGCUCCAAAUUAGAAACUUCUUCCUCAUUAUUCCUUUUUGGUGUUGAGGUAUUCAUUUGUGAAUCGAUUUUAGCCUCUAAAUUAGAAACUUCUUCCUCAUUAUUCCUCUUUGGUGUUGAGGUAUUUUGUUCAAGUUCACUUUCAAAAACAUUUAAAUUUGGUGUAGAAGUUAGUGAAGGCUCUGGCAGCUUCAUUGGAGUCAUAUUAUUAGUAUCAAUAUCAUCUUCAUCUGAGUCAUCAAUAAAAGUAGUAUUUUCCAAAAAGCUAUUGUCCACGCUCAAAUUCAAUCCUUGCUUCUCAGAAAUUAAAAAUAUUGGAUCAUCUAUGGUUAAACUCUCACAAAGCUCUACAGUUUGUGGGUUUAGUUUAGCUUUUGGCUGUUGCUGUCCUUUAACAGGGCUACCAUUAUAAGCUGUUGCUGUAGGUUGGAAAUUUUUAGGUACCUUUAAAGUGCCAUGCAUUUUCUUCAAAACAAACUCCUUUUCUUCGUCAGUUGGUGUAAAAAAAUACCUAGUACUACCUGUAGGCCCUGGCAUGUAAUUAUUAAUUGUUUUAACACUCAACAAAUGAUUAGUCAAAUAUAAAAUAGACAACCAUUCUAAAUCGUAUUCAAUUUGGAUUUUUUUUGUUUCAUCAUGGGGUAUUUCCACUACUUGCAAAUAAUGUCUUUUGGGUAAGCAUUUGUCCAAAGCUAAAAAUUCAGUUGUUUGGUUGUUUGGAUGGGGCACAGUUGCAGUAAACUUGCAAUGAAGAUGGGCAGCAAACCAGUGACUUGGUUUGAGAUGUUUCAGCAGCUCCUCACUAGGUUGACUACCCAAACUAUUAUUAUAAAUUUCAUCUUUGAAAAAUGGCUUCUUUUUCAAUAAUUGGGGCACAUUGCCAUGAUGGUACACCCCAGUAGGCCAAUCAUGCGACAAAAAAACAUCAAUUUUCCCACUUAGUUGCUUCAAACGAAACACCUCCAAGUUUCUUAUAUGGUAAACACUUCUUUUAGUGUUUUCAUCGUAGGGGGGCCUUUCAAAGUGGCCUUUCAAGUAGUCGCGGGACUUGUAAAUGCCCGAAAUUCCGCCGAUUCUUACUCCCGCCACGUUGAUUACCCCCGCGUAGCCCAAAUAAUAAAUGUUGGGCGCCACCCAGCCACCGUAAGGCAAUUCUUGGAGGUAGUUGGAAGCUUCAUGGUUGCCUCCGAUGAAAAUUGUCAAUAGGGGAGCUUUUAUUUCGCCACUAAAAUAUCUGAAAUUAAAGGCAAUUU